CCUCUUUCUCGCAUCGGCGGUGUUCCUCAGGUUCUGCUCGCAGAAAUUCCCGACGCUCGUCUCAUUUACAGCCUGGAACCUAUCAUUCUGACAGCAUCGUAUCGUUUAUCUGAUGUUAUCCUCAUGGAUUGUCGGAUGCACGUAUCUUCAUGUGCCCGUAAUGUUCCAACAUCUCAUACGCCGCCCCUUCUCUCUUCUCCCACUGUGAUGAAGCCAUCCUACCCGACCCCCGCGUAA